AGGUAGCCAAGUGGGAUUUCUGAGAAGGGACUGCUCUUCCUGCACCUGGCCCACCAUGAGGUUCUUCCUACAUUGUGCUUACAUGUUGCUCCUAAUGGUAUCACCACUGAGGGCAGUCAGCUUUCCUGAAGACGAUGAACCACUAAACACAGUUGACUAUCACUAUUCAAGGCAAUAUCCGGUUUUUAGAGGACGCCCUUCAGGCAAUGAAUCGCAGCACAGGCUGGACUUUCAGCUGAUGUUGAAAAUUCGAGACACACUUUAUAUUGCUGGCAGGGAUCAAGUUUAUACAGUAAACUUAAAUGAAAUCCCCAAAACGGAAGUAAUACCAAGCAAGAAGCUGACAUGGCGGUCAAGACAACAGGAUCGAGAAAACUGUGCUAUGAAAGGCAAACACAAAGAUGAAUGUCAUAACUUUAUCAAAGUAUUUGUUCCAAGAAAUGAUGAGAUGGUUUUUGUUUGUGGUACCAAUGCAUUCAAUCCCAUGUGUCGAUACUAUAGGUUGAAUACCUUAGAGUAUGAUGGGGAAGAAAUCAGUGGGCUGGCAAGAUGCCCAUUUGAUGCCAAACAAACCAAUGUUGCCCUUUUUGCUGAUGGGAAGCUAUAUUCUGCCACAGUAGCUGACUUCUUGGCCAGUGAUGCUGUUAUUUAUCGAAGCAUGGGUGAUGGAUCUGCGCUUCGCACAAUAAAAUACGAUUCCAAAUGGAUAAAAGAACCACACUUUCUUCAUGCUAUCGAAUAUGGAAACUAUGUCUAUUUUUUCUUUCGAGAAAUUGCUGUGGAACAUAAUAACUUAGGCAAGGCUGUGUAUUCCCGUGUAGCCCGCAUAUGUAAAAAUGACAUGGGUGGCUCGCAGCGGGUCCUAGAGAAACACUGGACCUCGUUUCUGAAGGCUCGGCUUAACUGUUCCGUCCCUGGGGAUUCAUUCUUCUACUUUGACGUUCUGCAGUCCAUUACAGACAUAAUUCAGAUCAACGGCAUUCCCACUGUGGUUGGUGUUUUCACUACCCAGCUCAACAGCAUUCCUGGGUCAGCAGUCUGUGCGUUUAGCAUGGAUGACAUAGAAAAAGUAUUCAAAGGACGAUUCAAAGAACAGAAGACUCCAGAUUCUGUUUGGACCGCAGUCCCUGAAGACAAAGUACCAAAGCCCAGGCCUGGCUGUUGUGCAAAACAUGGCCUUGCUGAAGAAUACAAAACCUCCAUCGACUUCCCGGAUGAGACACUGGCCUUCAUCAAAUCCCACCCCCUGAUGGACUCAGCUGUCCCACCCAUUGCUGAUGAGCCUUGGUUCACAAAGACGCGGGUCAGGUACAGAUUGACAGCCAUCGCCAUUGACCACUCCGCUGGGCCCUACCAAAACUACACAGUCAUCUUCGUUGGCUCUGAAGCUGGCAUUGUGCUUAAAGUUCUGGCAAAAACCAGCCCCUCCUCUUUGAAUGACAGCGUAUUACUAGAGGAGAUUGAAGCUUACAACCAUGCAAAGUGUAAUGCUGAGAAUGAGGAAGACAAAAAGGUCAUCUCAUUACAGUUGGACAAAGAUCACCACGCUUUGUACGUGGCAUUCUCCAGCUGUGUGAUCCGCAUCCCCCUCAGCCGCUGUGAGCGUUACGGAUCAUGCAAAAAGUCUUGCAUCGCAUCUCGUGACCCCUACUGUGGCUGGUUAAGCCAGGGAACCUGUGGGAGGGUGACCCCUGGAAUGCUGCUCUUAACAGAAGACUUCUUUGCUUUCCAUAACCACAGCACUGGAGGAUAUGAACAAGAUGCAGAAUACGGCAACACAGCCCAUCUAGGGGACUGCCACGAAAUUUUGCCUACUUCAACUACACCAGAUUACAAAAUAUUUGGCGGUCCAACAUCUGACAUGGAGGUAUUUUCAUCUUCUGUUACCGCAAUGGCAAAUAUCCCAGAGAUUACACCUAAAGUGAGUGAUACCUGGAGACCUAAACUGACGAGCUCCCGGAAAUUUGUAGUCCAAGAUGACCCAAACACUUCUGAUUUUACUGAUCCUUUAUCAGGUAUCCCAAAGGGUGUUCGCUGGGAAGUACAAUCUGGAGAGUCAAACCAGAUGGUCCACAUGAACGUCCUCAUCACCUGUGUCUUUGCCGCUUUUGUUUUGGGUGCAUUUAUUGCAGGUGUGGCAGUCUACUGCUACCGUGACAUGUUUGUUCGGAAAAACAGGAAGAUCCAUAAAGACGCAGAAUCUGCCCAGUCAUGCACAGACUCCAGUGGAAGUUUUGCCAAGCUGAAUGGCCUCUUUGACAGCCCGGUCAAGGAAUAUCAGCAGAAUAUUGAUUCUCCUAAACUUUACAGUAACCUGCUGACCAGCCGGAAAGAGCUGCCACCCAACGGAGAUACUAAAUCCAUGGUGAUGGACCAUCGUGGCCAACCUCCUGAGCUGGCCGCUUUGCCUACGCCAGAGUCCACACCUGUGCUUCACCAGAAGACCUUGCAGGCCAUAAAGAGCCACUCCGAAAAGGCCCAUGGCCAUGGAGUGUCAAGGAAAGAAGCACCCCAGUUUUUCCCGUCUAGUCCUCCUCCCCAUUCCCCAUUAAGUCAUGGGCAUAUCCCCAGUGCCAUUGUUCUCCCGAAUGCAACCCAUGACUACAACACAUCGUUCUCAAACUCCAAUGCUCACAAAGCUGAAAAGAAGCUCCAGCACGUGGAUCACCCACUCAGCAAGUCCUCCAGCAAACGAGAUCACCGACGCUCAGUGGAUUCCAGGAAUACACUCAACGAUCUCCUCAAGCAUCUUAGUGAUCCAAACAGCAACCCCAAAGCCAUCAUGGGAGACAUCCAAAUGGCCCACCAGACCCUCAUGCUGGAUCCUGUGGGACCUAUGACAGAGCUUCCUCCGAAGGUCCCUAACCGGGAGGCAUCCCUGUAUUCCCCUCCUUCCACUCUCCCCAGAAAUAGCCCCACCAAGAGAGUGGAUGUCCCCACCACUCCUGGUGUCCCAAUGACUUCUCUGGAAAGACAAAGAGGUUAUCACAAAAACUCCUCCCAGAGGCACUCUAUAUCUGCUAUGCCUAAAAACUUAAACUCACCAAAUGGUGUUUUGUUAUCGAGACAGCCUAGUAUGAACCGUGGAGGCUACAUGCCCACCCCCACGGGAGCAAAGGUGGACUAUAUUCAGGGGACACCAGUGAGUGUGCACCUGCAGCCUUCUCUCUCCAGACAGAGCAGCUACACCAGUACUGGCACUCUUCCCAGGACGGGACUAAAGAGGACACCGUCCUUAAAACCUGAUGUGCCACCAAAGCCUUCCUUUGUUCCUCAAACCACAUCUGUCAGACCACUGAACAAAUACACAUACUAAGCCUCAAGUGUGCUCUUCCUGUGUGGCUUUAUCCUGUCCAUGUUGUUGAGAGCAUGAUGUUGUAAGGGUACCUUAAGACAAGAGACUCGCUUGUAUUUUAAGAGAACCAAGUGGCCAAAGAGACUCCUCCUCGCUUUGGCAGCAUCAGAACUCGCCACAUGUAGCUACUGCAGCAAGGCUUCUGUGUCCUUGCCUGAAAACAAAGGAAGGUGCUGGUCAUUCCAUUUCUUUUGUUUGAAGCUAAAGAGAUGUGUAGUUCCCAGGAACUGCCUUCGCGGUAUAAAGAGCUGAUUCACUACUCAGAAGAAUCUGUGAACAAAUACUUGAAAAUGGGUUCAAUUGAGACUGCCAUUCUGUGUGGUCUUCCCAUUAAAUGUGAACAUUUUAAUAUGUAUGCAUUCACCUUGCCUCUUGCACAAAUGUCGAAACAAACAAACAAAAAAAGAUGGUUAUGUCUGAAAGAAAUGAACUUGUAGAUUUCCAUACAGAUUGCUAAAACUUCAGUCUUUGACCCAAACUGUAGCAUUUUUUUUCCCAUGGGUGGCUUUUUUUUUCAUGCCGCCAAUAGUGUUGUGUGUCUGCAUGUGAGUGUGUGUGUGUGUGUGUGUGUGUGUGUGUGUGUGUGUGUGUGUGUUCUGGGUGCACUAGAAUUUGUGUAGAUGCCCAUUGCAUCCUUUUGUGCUAUGGCGUUGUUUACAUUGAGCACGACUGAACAAGAGACAAUAACUUUUCCCUCAGCAGUCCGUUGGGUUCAGCUUUGAGAAAAAGAGUAAAAUCAAGGCUCGCCUGACCGUCAGAAUGAUCAGCUUGACCUAUAUGGUACCCAAUGCCAGAAUGUAAGAGUUCCAAGUAAUUUUGUGCUGCUAUUCGUGAAAAUGUCUAUUCCAGUUUUGCCAGCUUAAGGAGAUAGAGCUAUUAAGAGCUAUCCUUGAAUAUCCACAAGUAUUCAGUAGUGAAAUUUACCUGUCCACUGUGAAUCAAAGCCUGAGUCACAUUAUAUAACCUUGGACACCAGUAAGAUUUUAUUUUGACUGUGUUCAUUUUUUCCCUCAUGUAGGAAAUUUGCUCCUCCUUUAACUCCUUCUACCCUCCCAAGGUAA